AAAAAUUGAUGGCCACUCUCUCAUCCCCUCUCUUAUCCUUUCUUUUCUCCCCUCUUUAAAUUAUAUAUUUUUUAUUAUUCUCCAAAAGGGUUAACUUGAAAACCCCCCCAAAAAAUUACUUUUUUAAUUUUUUAAAAAAUAUUUUGUUGUUUUGUUUUAUUUAUAAACACAUCUGAAGAAGAUAUACAGAACCCAUAUUUUGUUUUGUUUUAAUCUAAUCUCCGGCAAAAGAAAGUUUUCAUUUUUAAUUUUUUUUUUCAAAAAAAAAUCGAUUUUUUUUGGGGAUUCUUCAAAAAUGGAAUUUGACGAGGAGAACGACGAUGAAAUAAUGGAAGAGAUGCCAAUCGCCACUCACCACUACGACUCGCUCAGUAACUCAGCUUCAACUCGGCCCAAACACGGAGAAGGUUCAUCGGCGGUGAGAAAAAGCAGCAGCAGCAGCAGCGGAGGGAGUAAUAUUAGAUAUAGAGAGUGUUUGAAGAAUCACGCCAUCGGAAUCGGCGGACACGCGGUGGACGGUUGCGGCGAAUUUAUGCCGGCGGGAGAAGAAGGGAGUAUAGAUGCACUAAAAUGCGCCGCCUGUAACUGUCACCGGAAUUUUCACCGGAAAGAAACGGAUUCAGAUCAAGGACAUUACUAUUACCAACAACAGCAGCUACAAAUUUGUUCAUAUCGUGGGCCCACCCCGCACCCAUCUGCUUACGUGUACUUAAGAGGAGCCCCAGUUCAACCAAGGGCGUUGGCGUUGCUGGCGGCGGGGAGGGAGGAGGAUGAUACGUCAAAUCCGAGUAGUAGUGGCGGAGGAGGCGGCGGCGGCGGAGGAAGUGGAAGUGGGUUGUUGAAGAAGAGAUUUAGGACAAAGUUUAGUACAGAGCAAAAGGAGAAAAUGUUAGGGUUUGCGGAGAAAGUUGGAUGGACAAUUCAGAAACACGACGAGGCUGACGUGGAACGAUUCUGUACGGAAACCGGAGUCCGUCGGCAAGUACUUAAGGUGUGGAUGCAUAACAAUAAGCAUACUUUGGGGAAGAAACCCUAAAUUUAAUUAGGGUUUUGUUUCAUUUUAAUUUGGUGAGUUUAAUUAGCAAUGGAUUAUUAUUAUUGAUCUUCUUCUUUCUUCUUCAUGAUGAUUAUGAUCAUGUUCUUUAGUGCAUUGUUGAAGAAAAAUUCCCAAUUUAGGGGUUGAAAACUAGGGUAGAUUAACUAGGGGCUUUUUUUGGGAUGAGUUUGAGUAGUUUUGAAGUUUUUUGGGGGGAAGGUAUGAAUUUGAUGAGGAUGAUGAUGUUAAGAAUUAAAAAAUGAAUUGCACACACCAUUUAUUAAUGGGGUUGUGUUGAAAAUUUGAAA